AUGGUGGCAAUGAAAGUGCUCAAUCUAAUGCAAAGAGGUGCUUCGAGGAGCUUUAUCUCCGAAUGCCGAACUCUAGGAACCAUUAGACACCGAAACCUCGUGAAGAUACUAAGUGUCUGCUCGAGUGUGGACUUUCAUGGAAAUGACUUCAAAGCUCUAAUAUAUGAGUUCAUGGCUAAUGAGAGCUUGGAGGAGUGGCUGCACUCUGGGACUGUAGGGCGAGAUGAUGAACAUGGCGAAUCGAGAAAUCUGAGACUAGUGCAGAGGUUACACAUUGCCAUUGACAUAGCUAAUGCGAUCGAAUAUCUCCACAAAAGUUGUUAUUCAACAAUUGUCCACGGAGAUUUGAAGCCAAGUAAUGUGCUUCUAGACAAUGACAUGGUGGCUCGAGUUGGAGAUUUCGGGCUUGCAAAGAUCAUUUCAAUGGUGUCUGCUGAAGCCACAAGAGUUCAUGACCAAGGUAGUUCAACUUCAACCGUAGUCAGAGGAUCCAUUGGUUAUGUGCCUCCUGAGUAUGGCAUGGGACAUGAGGUUUCCAUACUUGGGGAUAUAUACGAUUACGGCAUUCUAUUAUUGGAGAUGUUCACUGGAAAGAGACCCACUAAAGAGGCCUUUGCGCACUAUCUUAACCUCCACAACUUCGUCCUAAUGGCUCUCCCGAGAUCAAGCAAUGGACAUCGUAGACUUAAGGCUUUGGAGUGA